AUUAUUUGACUCUCCCAAUCCGACACCUGCCUCUUUAUCCCAAUCUGUUACACAAGCCAAUAAGCUGGCGCCAUGUAGAGCUUAAGGCGAUAAGCGAGGCUGAAGCUUGAAGGCUUUCUUCUUCUUCCUGCUGUUGUUGGGCAAGGCUUCUCGUGGAGCAAGAGCCACUCGUAUGCUCAGGAAUGGCCCGCGCCCAUCGUGUGGACGACAAACUUGGUGAAUUUUAAUCUCCAUCUCUUCAUGUCCAAUUCUUCGUUGCCUUACGUUUGUAGCUGUAAAUUCAAACGCCAUUUUCCAUCAUCAAUUUGGCAACAAAAAUGGUGGGAGGUUUAGCUGCUCACCAGUUGCAGCAAUGCAUUACGCCACCGAAGAGCCCUGCUUUGCAUGCCUCGGAAGACAGACCAAAGGAGCAAUUUUUAUGCUUCCCCUGGCUGCACCAGAUCAAAUCCAUGGACGAAUUCCGAGCACUGCAUGCUCGAUACAUCAGGCUCGGCCUCGACCGCGUCCCCCGCCACGCCGGCGACCUUCUCCUCGCCUGCAGCUUAUCCGAGUGGGGAAGCAUGGACUAUGCCCGCUUAAUCUUCCUCGGCCUCGACGAUCCUGGCGUGUUCGAUUUCAACACCAUGAUCCGGGGCUGCCUCAAGCACCGCCACCCUCAGGAUGGACUCCUCUUUUACUUGGACAUGCUCCAGAGCAAUGCGCGGCAGGACAACUUCACGUUUCCGUUCGUGCUCAAGGCGUGCGCUCAGCUAGCGGCCGUUGCUGAAGGAAUGCAAAUCCAUGGUCAUGUUGCCAAGCUAGGAUUCGAGAGAGAUUUGUACGCCCAAAACAGCUUGCUGAUCUUCUACGGCAAGUGUGGACGUAUCGAGCUCGCACGCAAGAUGUUCGACGAAAUGGGUAGCUGCAGGAGCAUUGCUUCCUGGAGCGCCAUGCUCGCUGCCUACGCGAGGACGGGCCUGUGGACUGAAUGUCUUGAGAUCUUUGCCACUAUGAUCGGCGAGGGCGUAAGGCCUGAGGAGAGUUCCAUGGUCACCACUCUCUCCGCCUGCAAGAACUUGGGCGCGUUCGACCAAGGGAGAGCCAUCCACUGCUCCUUGCUCAGAAAUUUCACUGGCCUCAACACCAUCGUGCAAACCUCCUUGAUUGACAUGUACAUCAACUGCGGAAGCCUCGAGGGAGGGCUCGCGAUCUUCCAGGCGAUGCCGGAGGUCGAUAAGAACGAAUGGACGUAUAGCGUCGUGAUAUCUGGACUGGCAAUGCACAGCGAAGGCCAUAAAGCCCUACAAGUGUUCGAGGAAAUGCUCAGCGCCGGCCAUGUACCAGACGAGGCAAUCUACGUUGGCGUUCUGAGCGCCUGCAGCCACGCGGCGCUGCUCGACGAGGGCCUCCUGUACUUGGACCGUAUGAGGUUCGAGCACGGGAUUCCACCCAAUCCGCAGCACUACGGUUGCAUAGUGGACCUCAUGGCGAGGGCCGGGAAGCUGCGAGAGGCGCACGAGCUAAUCCACAGCGCGUCCAUCGCGCACGCCGAAUCUGCCUGGCGGUGCUUGCUGAGCGCCUGCAAAAUACACGGAGACCUGAACCUGGCCGAGUGCGCCGUCCGAAAGCUGAAGGAUUUGGGCGCUUGUAACACUGGAGACUACAUAAUUGCAUCGAGCAUGUACGCGAAAGCUCAAAAAUGGAGCGAGGCGGCCUUGUGUCGGAAGGAAAUGGCGGACUUUGGACUUCUGCAAGUGCCUGGGCAAAGCAAGGUGGAAGUGAAGGGUAAGCUGCACAGCUUCGUUUCGCAUGACAGAUCGCACCCGGAAAGCGACGAAAUCUACGAGAUGCUGCAUCGGGUGGAGUGGCAGCUCAGGGCCGAGGGCUACGUUCCGGACACCUCGGAGGUGGUGAUGGAUUUGAAUGAGGAGGAGAAGAGGCGGGCGGUCGCUGCGCAUAGCCAAAAGCUUGCGAUAGCUUUCGCUCUGGCCAAGACGGGCAAAAGGAGAGCCAUUCGCAUAGUGACCAACCUGCGGAUGAGCAAGGAUUGCCAUGCCUACUCUGCUCUCGUUUCAAGGAUAUUCGAGAGAGAGAUCAACAUCAGGGAUCGAAAUAGGUUCCAUCGCUUUAGGCGAGGGUUGUGCGCUUGUGGUGGCCGAUGGUGAGCAAAUUGAACAAGCAGAACACCGAUCAGCUUACAGUUGAAGGCUGCAGGAGCAGACUGUCUGCUGAAUGAAUACGUUUCAUUCAUUACAGGAUCAUCUCGGGGAAGAUUUUGUUUUUCUUUUCUUUUUUAAAUAUUGGUAAUUAUGUUUGGAAAUGUACAUAUGUGAUUUCUGUUAUAGGGUAAUAAAGUUAAUUAACAAGGAAAUCUUUAUUUA